AUGCCAUCUCAGCGAAUUUUCACCACUGCCACCUUGUCGUCUCUCACGGCAUGGGCCUGGGCCUCGCCCACGCCGGAAUUCCGAUCCCUGGCGUUGUUUGAACGAAAAGGUCCCGUGCAAUGCUCUGCCCUGCUAAACGACACGGCGGCAUCGCAGUGCGCAGUCUGGAAUGAUAUCGACAAGGGAGGCCUUGGGGUUGGCCGAUUUCUCGACGAUUGGCUCACCAAGAACAACGAGACGGAUUGGGUCAACCGCAUCGACGAAGACCUCUAUGCUGUAGGCGAGUCAGACAUGUGGUGCAACAGUCUCGGUGGUGCUAAUUGCGCCCACGACUCUUGCAUCGACUAUCUGCAGAAGAACGUCUCGCAACUUUACUGGGUCAUGCAGGCAGCUCAAACCCACUACGAAAUGUACAACAUGGUGGCGGAGUGGUUGCAGACGAACACGAUUGCCGACACACUGGAGAUCCCCGCGAUCAUCAACCAGUUUGACGGCCAGGAAAACGACGUCCUGGACGUCGCCGCCAUCGUGUCUGCUACCUUCAUCGCCGUGGCCGGACUGGCUGGCGCUACUGGUGCAGCAUUGGAACUCGUGCCUCUGGGUGUGACAUCCGGAGUAGCGACAAUGGGUGUCUCAAUUAUGCAGUAUAUCAUCACGUUCAGAAAAGACGACAGUGACUACACGGGGACUGUGAACCAACAGCUCGAGCAGGGGUUCACGAGCGCUAUAGACGGUAUUCGAGCUAUCCUCAAUGUGGCCAUGACGGGCAGCGACCAGAGCUCCGGCAUGAAGGCGUCUGAGCUUCCCAACCUGACCGGGGAAUGGCGGAAUGACAUCGCCAAGUAUUUCGACGCCGGUCGGUGGCUAAUAUCUAACAUCCAAGGCGUCGUGCAGCCGAUGCUCGACCUCCUCGCUAAGUAUCUGAAGCAGAACCUAGUCAUGGCCAUGCUAAAGGCGCGCCGCCACUUCAUCUUCUACGACCUCGGCGCCAACCAGACCACAUGCGAGUCCAACGGCAAGGGCAAAGCCUGGAUCGACGGCGCAUGCGCGGGCCUGUGGCAGUUCAGCAAGCUGCGCACCACCACGGCAUCCUGGGUCGAGCAGAUCAAGCCCGACCUUGUCGACGCGAUGAAGAAUGCCACGUACGGCGGCUUCGACAUCAAGGAGCUGCACCAGAACGCCAUCAAGUGCGCCAGGGCGCACCCCGAUGGCAAGGGCUCCGUCAACGCCAGCACUCUGCCCCUUAAUGGGUCUGUGCCUGAGUGCUUCUACAAUUUCCCCGUGUUCAUGGGCAGGAAGAAGGAGAGGCCGCUGGGAAGGUGGAAUCUCUGCGAGGAGAUGAAAGACGGGGUGGAUAUCAACACUACUGGCCGCCAGGGAGGGGAGCCCUCGGGGAGCUGCGUCUGA